UUCCCGCGUGCAGGGGGCCGGUUGUCACGUGAUAGGCCAAAAUGGCGGUCUCAACGGAAGGCACAGACUUGGAAGCCUCCCUGCUGAGCUUUGAAAAGUUGGACCGGGCUUCACCGGACCUCUGGCCUGAACAAUUACCAGGUGUUGCUGAAUUUGCAGCUUCCUUUAAAAGUCCCAUCACCAGUUCUCCUCCCAAAUGGAUGGCUGAAUUAGAAAAUGAUGAUAUUGACAUGUUAAAAGAGUUGGGGAGUCUCACCACAGCUAAUCUAAUGGAGAAAGUGAGAGGUCUGCAGAAUCUGGCAUACCAACUGGGACUGGACGAAUCAUUCCAAAGCUGCCCAUCAGAUCACGGACGGCCCUGCUAGAGCCCCUCUGAUUUUCACCAUCCCACCUCAGAGGAGGAGCAAAAACACUUCCAUGCUGUGCAAAUACCAAUGGAUGGAAGAGAAGCCAGGCACAUAGGGUACUACCCAGCCUCACAAUCACUUCUGUCUGGAAGAAACGGCCAGCCUUUCCAUAAGCCAUGGCUGAAGAGGUUCCUGCUGACUGGAAAAUUCCUGCAGAUCCUGAGAUCCAUGGAGGAAUCUGUCCUGCAUGAUUUUAAUGCAUCCAGGCUGCUGUUUCUGUAUAAUACAGUUGGUUUAAAAUGAACAACUUAUAUUUUGUAUUGAUCUCUUGUUUUAUGCUGCUUUUAAAAAAUGUUGCUUCUUGGGAUAACUCUGCAGCCCCCAGGUUAGCAACCACUGAUCUGGACUACUGCUAUUUGUGUAGUACAGCAUAAAAUGCAACCAAACCUCAAGUUUAAAUAAUAGAACAGUUGUGAUGUGCAGAGCAAUGGUUCAGAAAGAGCUGGUUUCACCUCGGAGAAUUGGCUUUAUUAAAUACAAAGCUACCAUCUGUUCUUAAAUGUAGUCAGAAUUACUUUAGCUAAAAUAAUUUGCAGCAGUGAUUAGACAACCAUGUAAAAUUUUACUUUAAAAUAUUUUAUGAUUGUUCUACACUUAAUGAAUUCAUCUGAUAUUAAUUUUGUAUUCCCUGAUAUGCACAAAAAUAUUUAUUUAACAAAGUAUCAGAAACCACAUCCAAAUUCAUAGCCCCUUUUUUUUGCUGCAAUGUAGAUUACCAGGGUCAUGUAACUGCAUAAACUGUAGAACUUCCUGUUUGAUACCUAGUCUCCAAGGAAAAUAACAAGACAUUGGUUUGAAAGUGAGAUUGCUUUAUGAUGAACAGAGGGCUUGGAAGGUCUCCUGUAACUUGAUAACCGUAUUUAUGUAGGCUUCUGUGUAUGGAAAGUGUGGCUUGCUAGUAUGCCACAAAAGAGAAUACUAGAAGCCCACAUGGGGUUGCAUCCUGACAAAAUUAGUUGAACUUGGGGCCCAUUGAAAUCAGUGAAACAGAUUAGUCACGAUUUGACUUGCAUUCCAUUUAUUUCAACUAAUUUAGUGUGGAUCCAACCCAUGAACUUAUUUUGUGUUGUGUUAUUGCCAAGAUGCCGGCUUUUGGAAUGAACAUGGGUGUUUUGCAGGUUCUAUGGUUUGCUGCUUGUGUUUCAUCUGGUACUCAGAUAAGAUAUCUUGACUCCAAAAUGUGUAUGUAAUAUGGCAAAUAUAUAAACUCCAGGUUUCUCUUUUAAAGUUUCUGGUAGCAGACAGGGCCUUUAUUGGCUUGGGGACAUGGAAACAUAUGCAUAGGUCUCUUGCCUACACAUUUAAAGAGAAAUUUCCAUGUAUGUAUACAUGGGAUAAGGGACGCGGGUGGCGCUGUGGGUUAAACCACAGAGCCUAGGGCUUGCCAAUCAGAAGGUUGGCGGAUCGAAUCCCCGUGACGGGGUGAGCUCCUGUUGCUCGGUCCCAGCUCUUGCCCACCUAGCAGUUCAAAAGCACAUCAAAGUGCAAGUAGAUAAAUAGGUACCACUCCGGCAGGAAGAUAAACGGCGUUUCCGUGUGCUGCUCUGGUUCGCCAGAAGUGGCUUUGUCAUGCUGGCCACAUGACCUGGAAGCUGUAUGCCAGCUCCCUGCGGCCAAUAACAUGAGAUGAGCGCCGCAACCCCAGAGUCAUAUCAUGACUGGACCUAAUAGUCAGGGGGCCCUUUACCUUUAUACAUGGGAUAAGAGCACAGAGAGAUGCUAGAAGAUUGUAGUCCUACUUUCCACACAUAGUUGUAGGAAUCUAGAAAUAAUUUAGUAGUAAUAAGAAAUAAGAAGAAGCUGCUGGAGCAAGUUGUUGCUGGUAGGAAGCCUACAAAAGCAGGACCUGAGUGCAGCAACUCUUUCCCGGCCUGCAGUUGCUAGUUAGGAACAGCUUCUGCAAGGAAACAGACUACACUGUAGGCCAGGCAUGUCCAAAGUCCAUUUUGGGGGGCCCAAUCUGGUCCGCCAGUCAAUUUAAUCCGGUCCCCGUGGCAGUAUAUGUCCUGGGGUAAAAUCCAAAAGAAAGCUCAACAACUUUGGUCGGCCCUCACGCAUGUUCACUUCAUCAAACCUGGCACUCUUUGAAAAAAAGUUUGGGAACCCCUGCUGUAGGCUGCUGAGAAACUAGUCAGCUAUGGAGAUUUCCAGCACUCCUGGAUGUAUGUUAGACCUCACAGGCACUCACCCCAGUGCUCAGCCUGGGAUAUAUUAUUUUUUUCAUAGUUUUUUUUUCUUUUUGAUCAUUCUAAGUCUCUUUUAACACACACUAGUGUGCUGUGUGCUUUGGGACACAGGCGGCACUGUGGUUUAAACCACUGAGCCUUGGGCUUGCCGAUCAAAAGGUCGACGGUUUGAAUCGACAGGGUGAGCUCCUCUGUGAGUUUGAAAGCACGCCAAAAGUGCAAGUAGAUUAAUAGGUAAACAGCGUUUCCGUGCGCUGCUCUGGUUUCACCAGAAGCGGAUUAGUCAUGCUGGCCACAUGACCCAGAAAAACUGUCUGCAGACAAACACCCGCUCUCUCAGUCUGUAAAGCGAGAUGAGCGCCGCAACCCCAGAGUUGUUCGCGACUGGACUUAACUGUCAGGGGUCCCUUUACCUUUACCUAGUGCGCUGUUCACAUGUAGAGGAACAAGACAUUUACCUUUCUUUUUGCUGCUCAUCACUCAGCUUGGCUUCUUUACUCACUUUUUUGUUUUUUAUGUGUGAGGAUUUUAGUUUCUAAAAAGAGCCACCCAAAUACAAAUUUAAAAUUAGGAUGCACACAAGACCCUUGAAUUGGCUAAUUUUGACGUAAUAUUCUUAACUAUCUGCAGUCCACAGAUCAUGACCUCAACUUUUUAUCAUCGCUAUUGGAUUGUAUGCCAGUUUUAGAAGUGAAGGAGCUAUGGGAAGUUUUAAUUGUACCUGUGUGAUUUAUUCCCAGUCAGCUCUUUAAUUUCUUCUGGCUGUCUGAGGUUUCCGACAUGCUGUAAAUUUCACCAACUUUUUCAUUAUCUGCAAUUUCUUUAUGACUUGUGAAUCGGAGUGGAGAGAGAGUGUGGAUUUACAGCGGAUAUAAACAUGUCCAUAAAGUCUGUAUCUGUGUCAGUAAUUGUACUGCUGUCAGUGACUGUCCUGUUUUACAGGCUUCUCUUGGGGAAGGAACACACUUUGCUACUAGUGGCAGUUUAGUGUUCAUCCUUCGCUUUGCAUUAACUCACCAAGAGAUUAGGUUGUAAUAAUUGGGAUGGAAAUUGAGCUUAGAUAUUGGUCACUCUCUCUCACGCUCUUUCUCUCUGUCUCUCUCUCUCUCUCUUUCUUCUUGCUCUUAGCUAAUGAAUAAGUGAGUGAAUUAUCCAGUAUUUUUUUGGAAGGGAAAUGGACAGAUAGCUGCUUCAUGUUAAAAUGUGGUGCAGUCGACUAACAAUAUUAUAAAUGAUAGUGCUGUGCAUAUGUACAGAUUAGUUGCACCGUUAGUUGUACCAUAAUAAACACUGUCUUUACCUGCCUCACCAGCAUUUCUAGAUUAGCUAUUUCUUUUGAGACAGUUAAUUACAUCCUAAUAAUCUCCAGCUGUUGAUGACUUUUUGUUGCCCAUAGGAAGAGGUGUGGGGGCAAAGAGAGAGUAUUCUUUUAAAUGUCAAUAAAUGUGCCAGGUAUUUCUUGUUUACUCUUUUUUACUUCAAAUAAAGUAGUUUGAUAAGCUGUAGAUUUUUUUGACAAAGGCAUUUUCGUGUGGCUUGUCUUUUAGUAUAUGGACUAUUCGGUGUUUGGUAUAGCAAAAUGCAUUUCAGCAUAGCUGCCAAGUUAUCCCUUUUUUAAAGGGAUUUUCCCUUAUGCUGAAUAGGCUUUCUCGCGAGAACAGGGAAAACUUGGCAGCUAUGAUUUCAGACACUGGAAGAUUAUUCAUGAUGUCUUUGUGGAAUGUCUCGUUCACUUGUCAAAUACCCAGAAUGUGAGCCGGUUCCAGCACUUCUGAUAUAUAUGCCUGCCAAACAGAUUCAGACUGGGGAGAAUGAAAACUUAAAAUAAAAGCCUUUUCGGGAAGUGUUUGGGUACAAAGGACUGUUCGAUAGCUCACUUCCUUUUGUUCGUGUCAGUGGAUGCUAACUUUAAAGCCUAUGGUGCUUGCAUGGCAUCUUCUGGAAUUACAAGGGCAUGGUUCCCCAUUUAUAGUGAGUGCAGUUAUAGUUAAAUAGCUACCAAAAUCUGAUAAGUGACAUUAAAUAUAUAGAUAAGCACUUGACAUUAAAUAAGCACUUGACAUUAAAUAUAUAGAUAAGCACACUUCAUUUGAGUCUCGCAAACCCAACUUUAUACAAAUUCAUGGGAAGUUUCUAGUGCUUGAGUGUCACUCUGUCUAGAUUUGCAUACACUGAAAUGCUGUUUAUCUUGUAUUUUAUGUUGUCAACCACCUUGAGAUCUACAGAGAAAGGGUGGCAUAUAAAUUUAAUAAUAAUAAUAAUAAUAAUAAUAAUAAUAAGAAGAAGAAGAAGAAGAAGAAGAAGAAGAAGAAGAAGCCAGGAUCCAACUACUGUACUUGGUUUGCCACUUAUGGGCAGGAUAGAAAACAAACACCUGGUAAAUUGUAACAGUUGGCUGUUGUGUGCAUGUCUCUCUAGGCUUGUUCACACAUUUUAUUGAACAAGUGUACCAAUUAUCUCUACACAUGUUCUGUACAGCUAAACUAUUGUGUACACAGACUGUGCUCCGCUGCAUUAUUUAAAAAACUAUUUGUGUACACAGAUUGUACACUCAUUGAAUGCAACGUGCGAACACGCUCAAAUAUUUUGUACUGUUUUAAUUAACGAAGUUAUUGGUACACAUACACCAGACUGUUUCUAAAGAGUUAGAAAUUGAGAAUAUGGAGUCUGUGUCUGAAAGCAGGCUUGGCCUUUUUUUUUAACAAAAAUAAAAUUGUUCUUUAUUUUUCAAAAGUUUACAUACUUCAACAUCAACAAUAUGUUUAAUUCAGGCCUGGCUUGUUUUGACCAAGAUAGGACUACAAUCAAACCUCGGUUUUCGAACGUUUCGGAAGUCGAAACGGACUUCCAGAACGGAUUAACGUUUGAAAACUGAGGUUCCACUCUACAACUUUUCCACACUGGAAAAACUUUUAUCUUGAACUAGGAAUCAGCUACCACCCUUUGUCACACUUGCUUCUUUAUAUCAUACCUCAGGGUAUAUAUACAUAAAUAAACUUCCAACUAAAUUUUUACAUUAUAAUUUUCAAAAGUAGAAGACUUACAUUUUACUAAGUUGUGAUUAUAAACUUAUAAGAUAAGACAGCUUGUAAUUAUAAGGUGAGAUAGCUGGUGUUGUCCAAUUCGUUGCCCACUGGACUUGGGUCUGGGUUCAACACCUGCCUCUAUCACAGACUUGCAAUAUGCCAUGUGUAAGUUGUUUUCCCUACUUCAGUUUCCCAUCUGUAGAACAUGUAGAAUAGUCGACAAGGCAACAGGAAAUUUGCAAAUAUACUACUACUACUACUACUACUAAUAAUAAUAAUAAUAAUUUGUUUACACCCUGCCCAUCUGGCUGGGUUUCCUUAGCCACUCUGGGCUGCUUCCAAGAAAAUAUUAAAAUACAGUAGUCCAUCAAACAUUAAAAGCUUCCCUAAACAGGUCUGCCUUCAGAUGUCUUCUAAAAGUCCAGUAGUUGUUGUUCUCUUUGACAUCUGAUGGGAGGGCGUUCCACAGGGCGGGUGCUACUACUGAGAAGGCCCUCUGCCUGGUUCCCUGUAACUUGGCUUCUCGCAGUGAGGGAACUGCCAGAAGGGCCUCAGCGGUGGACCUCAGUGUCCGGGUAGAAUGAUGGGGGUGGAGACGCUCCUUCAGGUAUACUGGACCGAGGCUGUUUAGGGCUUUAAAGGUCAGCACCAACACUUUGAAUUGUGCUCGGAAAUUUACUGGGAGCCAAUGUAGGUCUUUCAGGACCGGUGUUAUGUGGUCUUGGCGGCCGCUCCCAGUCACCAGUCUAGCUGGAUUAGUUGUAGUUUCCGGGUCACCUUCAAAGGUAGCCCCACAUAAAGCGCACUGCAGUAGUCCAUGCGAGAGAUAACCAGAGCAUGCACCCCUCUGGCGAGACAGUCUGCAGGCAGAUAGGGUCUCAGCCUGCGUACCAGAUGGAGCUGAUAAACAGCUGCCCUGGACACAGAAUUAACCUGCGCCUCCAUGGACAGCUGCGAGUCCAAAAUGACUCCCAGGCUGCUCACCUGGUCCUUCAGGGGCACAGUUACCCCAUUCAGGACCAGGGAGUCCUCCACACCUGCCCAACACCUGUCCCCCCAAAACAGAACUUCUGUCUUGUCAGGAUUAAACCUCAACCUGUUAGCCACCAUCCAUCCUCCAACUGCCAACAAAUAAGUAGCAAUAUAAUAUGUAACCUGCCUUUUUCAAAUCCCUGCCUACAUGAAGCAUUGGAUGCCAACCAAAGCAGAAAGCCAGUUCAGCUCCAAAUGCCAAUGUAGUAUUCUUUAGCAUAAUACUAAUUUUCUUAGAAGAUUUUAUUGUGUCCAGAUGGAGUUUACAAGAGCUCAGUUCCGCCACCUUUCAGAUUGGCACCAUUGCCAUUCUAAGAGAACAAGGGAGAAGUUCAUGGUGAGCUCCGGCACCUACUUUUUAAGAAAAAAGCACUACAUGUAGCUCUGUUUUAAUGUAUCUUCCCUUCCUCCCCCUCCUAGUUUCCUGGGAAAAACUUAGGACAACCUCAUUCAAUUAAGUAAGCUAUGCAAAGUAUGUGGAAAUGCUUGAUUCCUAGUGGCUUCCCAUGUGAUGUUCAGCUGUGGCACAUAGCACUUAGCAGAUGACUAACUGGGAUGCACAUGGCUAUAUGUUUUGUAAAUUAAUCCUACAGCACAACCCUGUCCUUGUUUACCUUGUCGGACCAUCAUUUUCUCUAAGCAAAUACAGCAAUCUUAUUAGCUGAGAUUUCUAUGGUUUGCUUAGAGCAGAACCUGUUGUUGUUUUCUCAGCUUCCCGGAAACAUUUCCUCCUCUUCUGAAUACGAGGCCUUACAGAGAUCAAUUGCAUUCCUUUUUUGCAUUCCUAGUCACUGCAGCCUUGCAGGGCCUGUAUAUCUUGAAUGUAAUAUAGCUGGGCCAGAGCUCUGUGACAAGAUCUAAGUGCCUCAUUAACUCCUGUACGCUAGAACAAGAUAAAAAUGUCAUCAAGCCCCUAUCAGAUGCCUGAUAUAACCUCCAGCAAGCUGGAGUGCCAUUAGUUUAAAUUCUCAAUCAAAUGCCUUCCUUGAGCUUAAGGAGCAAUGAUUAAACAUGGAGUGUCCCCUGAGGACUCUACAGCUGUCGCGGCUUGGGGUGGGUCCCCUCUCUUACCAACCGGAGAGUCUUGAGCCAGAGGUCCCAGUGGGGCGGGCCCUCUUCAGACCUGCACGUGCCUGCCCCAGCUGUUCUCCUUUGCCUAAUGAAUUGCUUUACAGGGAGAAGCUGGGUAUUGUCAUCACAAGCUGCCUUCCCUGGGGGCUUGAGCCAGCCUCCGUAAUGACUAAUGUUAGUGAUAGUAAUUGAAGUGUGAUAGCUCUCUGGGGACUCUGCACCAUGUUUGAUGCUAGCAAGCACUUGUGGCUGGUGCAGGCCUGUGAAUGGCUCAAAAGUGAUUUUUAAUUGCUCUGCUCCCCGUCUACACUUAAAUGUGGACUUAAAAUGUUUCUCAUUUUCUUGGUAAUCUGGUGGAUUUAUAUUUUUAGAGUGAGUGGUACUGUGAAAGGUUUGCAGGACUCUACUGUCCUUGUAGUCUUAUUCUUACUAUUCUUAUUCUUAUUAAAUAAAAUUUGUAUGCCACCCUAUACCUGUAGAUCUCAGGGCAGUUCACAACAUAAAAUCACAAUAUGAAAAACAUACAUAUACAUAAUAAAAACAAAGACAACCCAAUAAGCUUUUAAUGUUUAAUAGAUUAUUGCAUUUUAAUGUUCUGUUCUGUUGGAAGCCGCCCAGAGUGGCUGGGGAAACUCAGCCAGAUGGGUGGGGUAUAAAUAAUAAAUUAUCAUCAUCAUUAUUAUUUUUUUCCCCUUCCACAAAAAGUUUUCAAUUAGCAAUAAUUGUAAUAGUCCUUGGUAUCCCUGUUGCUUGUCCUCAUCUGUCUGUCAAGUUGCAGUGUGUGGAGCAUACAGCAACACUACAAUACAGUACAGUACAGAACUUUUCUAAGUUCAGCUGAACUCUGGUGGAAAGAAAGGUUACGCACAGUAAUGCAAUUACGUAGUUUGCUCACUGGCAUCAGCAUAUGGAGGUAGGCCAGAUCCUUACCACCCACAAUAGGCAAAGUUUGACAGGCAGCUGGUGUCAAAGAUGUCAAGUGACAUGUUUUUGCCCAUGUGAUGAUCAGCUGAUGGUUGGGGCUUGCAACCUUUCUUUGGCCCAGCCAUAUCUAUCUGCCCUACAACUGACAUAAUAUAUAACAUUAGAUAUGGUGAAGGUGCAUGUGGCUUAGCCAAAAUGGCCUUGUGGGCCUUUUACUGGCUUUCUCUGGUUCACUAGCUAUAGCCAUUGCUGGACAGAGGUAGACCAUGACCACUGUAGACUAUGUGUUGGUAAGUUGAAGGCUGGAUUACUGCACCUUGCUCUUUGUGGGGCUACCCUUGGUCUUGGUUCAGAAACUAAAGCUAGCGCACAAUGUGGCAGCCGGGCUGCUGCUGAAGGCCUCUGGCUGGCAGCAUGUAACACCAUUGUUAAUAUCUGGCUGCCCGUCUACUACUGAGCCAGGUUCCAGGUUCUUGUAUUAAUUUACAAAGCCCUGAACAGCUUAGGUCCUUAAGGACAACCUAAGCCCUUAUAUCUCUGCUCAAUAAACUGAGAUCAUCUGCAGGGUUCUCAGUAGUUCUCUCCUGAGUUGGCAAGGUCUUUGACAUCAAUACAAAAUAGAGCCUUGAGUAUCAUCAGCCCAGUCCUGUGGUGUAUUGAAAAAUUUCUUCAGUUUAAAUUUUCUGCUAUUUUAUACUAUUUUUCAGAAUUUUUCAUUUUUUCUAAGCAGUACUGCAGUCUUAACAGGAUCAGUUUUGCUUGAAAGUUUGGCUUGUGAUAUCCUUUUCUAGAAAACCUCUAUUUCAGUGCAGACAGUUCAGAAACAAUUCUUUCUUCCUGUCCCAUUCCUGCAGCCCUGCAUUGCAUUGCACGGGAUUGGACUAGAAUUUAAUGAAUGUUUGUGGCUGUGGCAAAGCUUGCUUACAGAUCUUGGUCCACUUCAUAUGCCGCCUCCUACUGAUAUUUCUGCCUGUAGGAAGAAUGUUCAUAUGUUGAUACAUCAUUACAAAUAAUAUUGAAUAUAGUCAGCUUUAAAGAUACAAAUGUUUUGCACUUACAUAUUUCUCUGAAACAGCCUUGUUCAGCAGAUUUGUGCCGUAUCUAUUUAAUGAGAGAGAGCUCUUGGUUCCUUGGAACUUCUGUGCAAAGGCGAAUGGCGAACAUUAUAGCUACAAAGUGUGAAUUCUUAGCUGAAGUAUGGUACUGACAGCAUGAGCUUUAAAAAAAGAAGUACGGUAGGAAUGUCUCGUUUUUGACGUCACAGCAAUCAAGUUCCAAAUUAAUUACUAAGAGACACUAUUGAUAAGAAAUCUUCAAUCUUUUCUGCUAAUUUUCUCAUGCUGCUGCUAGUAAUAAUCUUUCAUUGUAUAUGCAUUAUAGAUAUGCUUGGAUUUGUUAAUUGUAAUAUUAAAUUAAUGAGCACACUCAAAUAGCAAUUAGUUACAUGCAUUCUUCAGGAGGCUCAUGGCAUUUUGUUCUGCCUAGUGUACCUGAUACCUGCAUCAGCAAUCUUGACCACAUUUAUCAAGGUUUACUUGUGGGGUGGCGGCGAUAAUGAAGGGAGUGCAUUCUAUUGCUCCAGCAUGUCAACCAGAAUAAACCCCUCCUUCUUUCCUUAUAUGACCUGUACACUGUUAACAGCUACUUUCCUAUGGUUGCCAAGUCAAAACCUUAUGAAAUUAUAUUUGUGGGUGUUCUUAAAGCUAAUUUAGAUGUGCAUCAUCAUAGUUCAUGUAUUGUCAGUAUAUAUUCAGGUCAAAUGCAACCCAUAUAAUUAGGUUUAUACAAGCAUGCUUUCUCAGUAUUUUGCUCUGGUUUAAGUAAAUCAAUUUUAAAAUCAAUUUCUGUUUGUACAAAUAAGACCUUUAAUGUGGUAGCCUCAGACUUGGUUGUUUUAAGCAUCGUGCCUGUUCUGAAUAACUUUCGCUGCUGUGUUCACUAAAAGUGCAUCUGCUGGCAGAAUUGGUCUUAUUUGUACGUUGGUUCUGCAAGAUCAAAUAUUCCAGAUUGGUUCCACUUAAAGCUUCCAAGAUAACUGCCAGUUAGCACUGACGGUUACACGUUCAUUAUUUUCUGUGGAAGAGCAGCAUGUAGAUAUCUGGGCACUGGUUGACUUCUAUUAAACCAAGCUGUUUUGAAUUCAGCAACAAUCUUUCCUAAAAUAAGGAAUGUUGCAUGAAGUAUGGCACAUCUGGCAACACCAAUGCAGACAGUUCUGAAUAGUUAUUUAAAGUUCCAUGAUUUUUGACCUAUGGAAGCAUGGAUAAACAAGUGACUGAUCAUGAUAUAAUUAUAAGAAGAGGUGGUGAUAGGAGUUUAGCUCCACAGAAGGUAUUUCUUGAGCCAGUAAUCUUUAUAUAGGAAGCUGCAUUCACUGCUGGUAUUCAGUUGCUGUGCUCUGCUUUCCCCUGGAAGAUUUAAUACUUCUUCUACACACCUUAGUAGUGUUCCCCCACCCCACGCCCAGCAAGAUCAAACCUGAAACACUGAAGAGCUUUUUGCCAGUGAACUAUUGACCAGGCAUCCCCAAACUACGGCCCUCCAGAUGUUUUGGCCUACAACUCCCAUGAUCCCUAGCUAACAGGACCAGUGGUUGGGGAUGAUGGGAAUUGUAGUCCAAAACAUCUGGAGGGCCGAAGUUUGGGGAUGCCUGCUAUAGACAGUACUAAGCUGGGUGGACUCAGUGGUCUUGGUAUGUAACAGUUUCCUAUGUUCCACAUGACACACAAUAUGUGUAUUUUUUAAAACUAGGGUUUCCCAAAUUUGGGUCUCCAACUUGGACUACAACUCCCAUCAUCCCUAGCUAACAGGAUCAGUGGUUGGGGAUGAUGGGAAUUGUAGUCCAAAACAUCUGGAGGGCCGAAGUUUGGGGAUGCCUGCUAUAGACAGUACUAAGCUGGGUGGACUCAGUGGUCUUGGUAUGUGACAGUUUCCUAUGUUCCACAUGACACACAAUAUGUGUAUUUUUUAAAACUAGGGUUUCCCAAAUUUGGGUCUCCAACUUGGACUACAACUCCCAUCAUCCCUAGCUAGCAGGACCAGUGGUCAGGGAUGAUGGGAAUUGUUGUCCAAAAGCAGCUAGAGACCCAAGUUUGGGAAGCCCUGUUCUAAAGGAGUCCUGUACAACAUUUUUAAAACACUUGUACUAGCUUCACAUUCUUAAUCUGCAAGUGUGUGUACUUUUUAGAAUACUGCUUUAAAAAGAUCGUUUUUAGGAUGCAGUGAGUUUCUUAACUCAACGUAGGGAGCAAUUGCCAGCUAAUUUGUGUAUUAGAUAUUUGGGCUUAAGCGUCUAAUAAGUGUAAUAAUGCCUGGUUAGUGAUGAGUAACCUAAUGAAUCUUAUGCAAGCAGGUUCCUUAGCCCUAAUCCAUUGACCAUGCUGAGGGUCACUGUUGCGGUGCAUUUCUCAGGAUGAGCCGCAUGCUGCCUGCUGCUUCCCUGUUAGAAUUCAGCCUGCCAUACCCUUAGCACCCUGUCUCCUGAAUGGAAUUCAAAAAGACACUUAGAUUUCCAUAAAUAAAUUAGGAAUUCAGUGGCUUCUUCCGGCUAAUCAGGACAGGCUGAUAAACCUUGCUAGCUGUUUAAUAAAUGAAUUGUGACUGAUUACCUAUUAAUAUGGACGCCUCAGGAAUUCACCCAGGGGGAAGCAGAGCAGUGAAAUAGAGAGGGGCAUGGCCCCCUGGGAAAUCAGGGCUUCAUGUUUGCAGCUUAAAUAUCUCUGUGAAGUAUCAAUAAGGAGGUAAUUGAAUUUUGAACACAAACAUGAGCGCCGGAUGGAUGAAGAGAAGGGGAGGGGGCUCUGAUCGUCUCUUCUAGGCCCCUUCAUUCUUCCCUCCCCUUUCCCUUGGAGACCACUCUAGUGAAGAUAGAUGCUAAAUCCAUUAAAUAAAGAUUAGACUCUGUCGUGGUAGAAAAUGGUAGCUUAGCUAGAUCCCUGGGCAAAUUGGGACCUUUAGCAAUACAGAAAAUUAAAAUAUACAUUUUUAACAAGUGUGCUAUCGACACGCUAAUAAUGGUUGCCUGUCUUGGGGGUUUGCUCACCUUUAGAUUUGCCUUUGUUUGUCUAUAGUGCUCUCCUUGUUUCUGUACUAUUUUUUGUUUGUUUGUUUGUUUGUUUCCUUAAAUUGGUAAAACUGUAACUUCUUCAGACUAUGAUCUGCUGUAUUUCCUAGAAUGAGAUCUAAAAUGUAUUAUUAGACAAGAGAUGUUCUACGUUGCCUGAAAUAUAAAGACUACCAAGAAGAUGCAGUUAAGGCAACAACAUGCAGAUUCAAGGAUAAAUGAAACACCCAAGGAAGAUACUUUUAUGUCUACACAAGCUCCAUAAGGACCUUGAAUCCAAGUUUUUGUUUUUUUCUAGGCUUGCCAGAGAUUGAAUCUGACUAUUAAGUGGGUGGUACUGAUACCAGUUGUUCCUGGUUUCUGGAUUGCUCUGUAGGACAAAAAUAAUGAACUUACUAGUGAAGAGAUUUGCACCACAACAGUUAAAUCAGAACUCUGUGCCUCAGGAAGCAGACAAAACUUUCCCUCUGUUGAAAGGCUCUCUGCUCUUCAUUGCAGUAGACUUGUUGCCAGAACUGUGGGAAGUCACCAUAUUCUAGCACCUUUCAGACAGGAUAGUAUUAAGUUCAAGGCAGCUCUUUAAUCUUCUCCGAAAGAUUACAGCAAAGUGGUCUGAGUUUAACACUCCAUACGUUGCAUAAGUCUUGGUUUGUUUGAACUUGUAAAAUAACUUUACACUUGUGCUACCGGUAGGUAGAUGGAAAGCACUCUGAAUGCAUGAAUAUAAACAGCAAUCCAACAUAUAUAUGAAGGCUGUAGGUGUCCCCUGGUAAAAGGCAGGGGAACGGUAGUGAACCAACUACAGUGGUACCUUGGUUUAAGUACACAAUUGGUUCCAACAGUCUGUACUUAACCUGAAGCGUACUUAACCUGAAGCUAACUUUCCCAUUGAAGUAAUGGAAAUGGAUUAAUCUGUUCCAGACGGCCCGCGAAGUACUUAAACUGAAGCGUACUUAACCUGAAGUGAACAUUCUCAUAGAAAGUAAUGGAAAGUGGAUUAAUCCGUUUCAGACGGGUCCGCGGAGUACUUAAACUGAAAGUACUCAAACCAAAGCGUACUUAAACUGAGGUAUGACUGUACUUCUAUAGAGAUCCACUCUUUUCCAUGGUAGAGGAUGGGAUUUGCGCUAAAGGCUCUUUACAUUACUUGGAUUUUUAUCUCUUUUUAUCUCCAUACAAGUCAGCAUGCCAAGAAAGUUGUUCAGCACUCAAGCCUACAACAGAUUCUAGAACUGGCGACAUAUUUCACCAUGCAACUUAUUGUACUUUUCCUUUAUUCCAUUGUAGCUCUUUAAAAUUAUCAUUUUUUGAUUGCAUCAUGAAGAGCUAAAGUGAAUUGUUUUGAGCAAGCGCUGCUGUGGUUUCCUACAGAAUAAAGCUCAGUCUUGUAAAGAUUCAAGGCAAACUUGCUUUUUCCAGAGUUGGAAAAGCAGAAGCUCACUUGUGCCACUUUGGGGAGCAACAUGCUGGAUUCUGAGUACCAAAGGAUAGAGAGAGUACUACUUAACCAAAGCAGCGUAAUGGGAGACUUUCAUUUACUAAGAUAUAUAGAAGAGGUUGUAUACCACAGUAGUUGCUAAGAAACAGACCCCUAUACCAAGAUAUUCCAAAUUUGUCCUCACCCAAAAUGCAUUAGGCAGUCUUUUGCAAGUUACUGCCUCUCACCCUUAGCGAAUAAUGGGAUAAUAAUAUUGACAUAGCUGUUAGGGCUGUUGGAUAUUAUGUGAAGUGCCCUGUGGACACUCAAGUGCAAUAUAAAUUCAUACUGGUAUUGAGAUGUGCAGAGUUUUCUGGAACACAUGCUAAUGGCUUCACUGAGACAAUAAAAAGAUUCUGCCAAGGAUGCUAAGGAUUUAAGUAUUUCAUCUGUGCUUGGAUUUCAGUGCUCACACAAAUCCUCCCCUCAAGCAUUUAAGUAGAAUUAAUUUACAUAAAGUUGUUUCCUACAUAUGAUCAUGAUGGUAAAGAGGGUUAAAGAAUCUUCUCCAGUGCUAUCCAAUUGCUGUCCUUCUGUUUCAAGAAUGUAAAUGUUGACUAAGUGUGCUUCAUUUUUUAAUUUUGGGAGGAGGACAGAUGCUCUCUGGUGGGUUGGUUGAAGAGUUUCUUCUGUUUAGAAUUUCUGCCAUUUUAUAUACAAUUUAUCAGAAUUUUGUACUAUUUUCCAAGCAGUACAGUGGUACCUCUGGUUACGAACUUAAUUUGUUCCGGAGAUCUGUUCUUAAGCUGAAACCGUUCUUAUCCUGAGGCGCACUUUCGCUAAUGGGGCCUCCUGUUACACGCGUGCCUCUGGCACGUGAUUUUCGUUCGCAACCUGGGGCAAAGUUUGCAACCAGGAGCAACUGCUUCUGGGUUAGCGGAGCUUCUAACCUGAAGCAUUCAUAACCAGAAGCAUUCGUAACCAGAGGUACCACUGUACUACAGUCUCUACAACUUCAGUUUUACUUGAAAGUUUGCCUUGUGAUAUCCUUUUCUAGCAAAUCUCUGCUUCAAUGCAGAUUGUUCAGAAACAAUUAUCUCCUCCUGUUGCAUUCCUGCAGCCCUGCGUUGCAUCACAGGGGGUGGACUAGAUGGCCCUUGGUAGCCCUUCCAACUCUACAGUUCUAUGAUUCUGAGACUUCUCAGAAGAGCCUUUCAAUAGUUGGAGAUGUUUGCUUAUUAUUUCAAUGAAAUGCCUGCUUAAUCAACCUGAAUUACUCCCAUUAAUCAGUAGGUUGAUCCCACUGAAUAGCUAGUGCUCCGAGGGAGAAGGCUAUUCUGCCCACACUGUUUAUGAGAGCUAUAAUCUAGCUGUUAGAGUAGCUGUGUUAGUAGCAUUUAAUUCAGCGACUGUGUGCUUUUUUUUUAAUAAUUACAUAGGGAUUUGGCUUUUACAGUUAUUGCAGUUCUCAGGGAUGGUUGAUUAACAGAAGUAAUCAUCUAAUCUUUGGCAUUUAUGCUGGUGUAUGUUGUGUAGCAAAGUGAGAUGGUUUCUCAAAGUGUAGCAAAAUGUAUACUUAUCAGAUGUUGCUUCAAAAUUAUGUUUGCACCUUUCUGCUUAAAGCCUCUCUUCACAUUUUGUAGUCCAAGUCCAUCUCUCCUCUUUAUUGGUUGCAAAUCAUGUAUGAAAACAGAUACUGAAGCUACAGUAUUUGGUAAGAAUGGAAGAAAAUCUCUCUCUCUCUCUCUCUCUCUCUCUCUCUCUCUCUCUCUCUCUCUCUCUCUCUCAAAUCUCAUCUCAAGGAUUUUGACACUGGUAUACUUCCUAGUGAUAGAGCAUAACUUUUCCUAAGAAAAAGUAGAAGAUAGCCAUGUUGGGCUAUAAGAAAACUUGCCCAUCUAAUUCACCAUCCCUUCACUGUGGUAAUUGCUCAUUUGGGCAUAACAUAUUUGCAGAAUCAACUACUUGUACUCUACAUGUGUUUGGAUGAUAAGGAAGCUCGGUUAUGAGUUAAGGACUUAUAACCUUUUGAAAUAACUUGGUGUUAGUCUUGAUCUUUAAGAGCAUUGGUUUUUCAGUGUGCUUCACCCAUGUUCAACUGAAGCCAAAGGCUUUAGAAGUAGAAGGGCAGAGAAAAAAGUGAAGAUUAGAAUGGUCUAGAGUCUCUAGACUGAAGAAGAUACAGCUUGGAUAAAAGACAAAUAAUAGAAAUUAAAGAUGGAGCUCCAAGUAGAAGAUGUUGCAGUAACCUAAUCUGGGAGGUUAUCAGAGUAUGAAUAACCACAUGCAGCCUCUGCCCAGGAGGAGCCACAGGUGGUGAAUGUUGCUACUAACAUCACUUACAGGUGAAACUCAGAAAAUUAGAAUAUCAUUUUCUUGGAUUGGGCUGUGCUUUCUUCAGCUCUACCACUGGAGAUCUACAGGUGAAACUCGGAAAAUUAGAAUAUCGUCAAAAAGUGCAUUUAUUUCAGUAAUGCAACUUACUAUUUUUUCUUUUCCUUUUAAUUUUUACAAAUGCUUUCUUUUGGGAAUUCCACAGUAAUAAAAUAAAUAGUUACAAUAAUACAAAAAGAAAGAUCACUAUUACAUUUCAUUAAUUACAUUCCAUUUAUAAUUGA